AGAAACGUAAUUUUCUUUUGCAAAUAAUUAUCAAUUUAGAAUUGAAUGGCAGCAACACGUUGCAAAACAGUUGGCACAGGGGCAUUUUUACUGCUGUGUUACAUGGCCUUUCCUUGUAACAACACUCAGUAAAGGUUUGGGAACUGAGGAGAGCAAUUCUUGAAGUGUUUCGGGGGGAAUUCUUUCCCAUUCUUGCUUGAUGUACACCUUCAGUUGCUCCACAGUCCGGGGUCUCCGUUGUCGUAUUUUAGGCUUCAUAAUGCGCCACACAUUUUCAGUGGGGGACAGGUCUGGACUACAGGCAGGCCAGUCUAGUACCCGCCCUCUUUUACCACGAAGCCACGCUGUUGCAACGCGUGCAGAAUGUGGCUCGACAUUGUCUUGCUGAAAUAAGCAGGGGCGUCCAUGAAAAAGACGCUGCUUGGAUGGCAACAUAUGUUGCUCCAAAACCUGUAUGUACCUUCCAGCAUUAAUGGUGCCUUCACAGAUGUGUAAGUUAGCCACUAAUGCACCCCCGUACCGCCACAGAGGCUGGUGCCUCUAACAGUCUGGAUGGUUCUUUUCCUCUUUGGUCCGGAGGACACGACGACCACAUUCUCCAAAAACAAGUGGAAAUGUGGACUUUUCCACUUUGCAUCAGUCCAUUUUAGAUGAGCUCAGGCCCAGCAACGCCGGCGGCGCUUCUGGGUGUUGUUGAUAAACAGAGUUUGAACUUGCACGUACAGACGUAGCGAGGGACUGUAGUGACUGGCAGUGGUUCUCUGAAGUGCUCCUGAGCCCGUGUGGUGACGCCCUUGACACAGUGAUGCCGGUAUUUGAUGCCGCCCGAGGGACCGAAGGUCACAGGCAUCCAAUGUUGGUUGUCGGCCUUGCCGCUUCCGCGCAGUAAUUUCUCCAGAUUCUCUCAACCUUUUGAUGGUAUUAUGGACUGCUGAUGAUGAAAUCCCUAUAUUUCUUGCAAUAGCUCGUUGAGAAAUGGUGUUCGACAACUUGCUCAUGCAUUUGUUCACAAAGUGGUGACCCUGGCCCCGUCCUUGUUUGUGAAUGACUGAGCACUUCAGGGGAGUCAUGGCUCCCACCUGUUCCCAAUCACUCACCUGUUCACCUGUGGGAUGUUCCAAAGAAGUCUUUAAAGAGCAUUCCUCAACUUUCUAAGGCGUUUUUGCCACUUGUGCCAACUUUUUUGAAACACGUUGCAGGCAUCAAAUUCCAAAUGAGCUAAUAUUUGCAAAGUUUACCAGUUCAAACGUCUUGUCUUUGCAGUGAAUUCAAUUGGAUAUAAGUUGAAAGGGAUUUGCAAAUCAUUGUGUUCUGUUUUUAUUUAGGUCCCAACUCCACUGGUUUUGGGUUUUGUCAGUUAAGAACUCGUCAACAGAAAGAAAAGCUGGAAGCCUGUUUCUAAUCUGGACUCUAAAUAAAAUAACAACAGGUAUAAGAGAGGAAAACGCCUCACACAGCGCUGGAAUGUUUUUGUUCUGUUUGAACGUGUUUCUGGAGCAGAGUGGCUGCACAAUACCUGAAUGUGUCAGUAGAGGGCAGUGCAGACAGGCAGGGAGAACUGACCUGUGAUGUUGUGUUGACACCUUCAGUCCACUUCAGAAGCUCACGUGAGUGACCGACCGCUGUGACGUCACACUCCCUCACCUUCUACAGCCACCAGUGUUUUGUUGGCUUCACUGUUGAGAGCAUGCGCAGGUGCAGACGUGGAUCAGGUCAUGUGACUUGGAUUCAGCUGCGGAGCUGCUGCGUGUCAUAACUUCGUUCCAGUCCAAGUCAUGUGACCGAGUCCACACCUCUGCUGGUGGAACCAACAGGUCGGACCAGAUUCCUGCAGGGUCAUGUGACUCAGAGAUCAGAGCAUAAAUAUCUGGAGGAAACUGAAGCCAGUCAGUCGUCAGUGAAAUGGAGGCCAGAGCUGAAGUUCUCUCCUGUUCCAUCUGUCUGGAUCUACUGAAGGAUCCAGUCACUCUCAACUGUGGACACAGCUUCUGUCAGGUCUGUGUUGAAGGUUACUGGGACUCAGAAGGUGAGAGGAACAUCUGCCAGUGUCCUCAGUGCAGACGGACCUUCAGACGGAGGCCUGUCCUGCAGAAGAACGUCAUGUUAGCAAAGUUAGUGGAGGAGCUGAAGAAGACUGGACUCCAAGCUGCUGACCUCUGCUAUGCUGGACCUGAAGAUGUGGCCUGUGACUCCUGCACUGGGAGGAAGCUGAAAGCCCUCAAGUCCUGUCUGCUGUGUCUGACCUCUUACUGUGAGCAACACCUCCAGCCUCAUCUAGAAGCUCCGGCCUUCAGGAGACACAAGCUGGUCCAGCCGUCCAAGCAGCUCAAGGAGAUCAUCUGCCCUCAACACGAUGAGGAGAAGAAGAUGUUCUGUCGUACUGAUCAGCAGGUCAUCUGUCACCUCUGUGCUGUGGACCAACACAGAGACCACCACAUUGUCUUGGCCGCAGCAGAGAGAAGAGAGCGAGAGAAAGAGGUGGAUCAGAGUCGAGGAAGGAUCCAGCAGAGGAUCCAGGAGAGACAGGAAGAGCUGAAGCUGCUUCAGCAGGAGCAGAAGACCAUCAGAGACUCUGCUGAUAAAGCAGUGAAGGACAGUCAGGAGAGCCUCCAGCAGAUGAUCCAGAACCUGCAGAUAAGAAUGCUUGUUGUGGAGCAUCAGAUCAGAUCUCGGCAGGAGACUGAAGCCGCUGGAGUCCGAGGACUUCAGAAGCAGCUGGAGCAGGAGAUCGCUGAGCUGAAGAAGAAAGAUGCUGAGCUGCAGCAGCUGUCACUCACCGACAGUCACUUGGUCUUUCUCCAGAACUGGUCCUCACUCUCACAGGUCAGUGAAGACACGCCCUCCUCCAGGACCCACGUCCGUCCUCACUGCUGCUUUGAGGAAGUGUCAGCAGCCGUGUCAGCCAGCAGAGAGCGACUCCAGGACCUUCUGAGAGACACCUGCACCAACAUCUCACUCAUGCUCGUGCCACAGCCCAAGACCAGAGCUGAGUUCCUCAGGUUCUCACGGGACAUCACUCUGGAUCCAAACACUGCAGGCUCAUGGUUGUUGUUGUCUGAAGGAAACAGGAAAGUGAGAGACGUGGGGGAAAAACAGUCUCCUCCUCAUCAUCCAGACAGAUUCACUGAUCAUCCUCAGGCCCUGAGUAAAGAGCCUCUGACUGGACUAUGUUACUGGGAGGUGGAGAGGAGAAGAGGAGCCAUUCAUGUAGCAGUCUCAUACAAGAACAUCAGCAGAUCAGGAAGAGAAAGUUUAUAUGGAUAUAAUGACAAAUCUUGGUCUUUAUGGUGUGACGACUCUGGUUGUUCAUUCACACACAACAGCAUCAAAACUGAAGUCUCCACAGCUCCACCCUCCAGAGUGGGAGUGUACCUGGAUCACUCUGCAGGUCUUCUGUCCUUCUACAGCGUCUCUGGAACCAUGACCCUCCUCCACAGAGUCCACACCACCUUCACUCAGCCUCUACAUGCUGGAGUUUGUGUCUGGUCCUCGUCCUCCUCAUGUGAGAUCCAGAAGCUGAACGAAACCACAGUGUGAGUUGUGUCUCACAAACUCUUCCUGCUGGUUGUUGACUUCUUUCCUCUCCAGCAGUGUGUUUGUGUCCUUCUGUGUGUCAUUAUUGUUGGGCUCUAAACACUUGUGUCUCUGUGUGUAACAAUGAUCCGACUUUAUUCAUAUCAAUGUUCCCAAAGUUCUUUUACUGGCAAAACUGUGUGAACUUGGUUUUGAUGUCAGGUUUGUGUCUUGUGAGUUUCAGUCACUUUCUUUGCAGCCACCUGAUUUUUGUGUAUCAAUGUUGUGUGUUCCUGUUUCUAACACACCAACUCACCUUCUCUGUGUAUUUUAGUCAUGUGAUGUGUGUGUUUCUCAGUGGGUUUGGAUUCUGGACAAUUGAUCAUGUGACUCAAAUCACUGAAAUAAAGCUGAGGGUGAACAGUGGUGCUGGAGUGUGUUUUUCUUGUGGCUGCGACUCACCACCAGGGGUCGCCAGAGAAGCAACAGAAUACACGUGUCACCGUAAUUUGGGCAGAAAUGAGGAGAAAGUAGAAACAUCUGAGUGGAGUUGCAUUUUCAUGCCGCGUCAUCAGAACCAGUCGGCAGGUGAACAAAGCCCAAUCACUGAAGAAGAUCCCAAAGGACCUCAAGGGAGAUGGUUCCUGACCGCCCUGUUGUUCUCCUCAACAAUGGCUCAGUGUGAAGAACAUGGAGGUGCAUCAUCUGCCUCAAGUCCUCAGCCAUCAGGGGGAACAGUGCCAAAGGUCGUCAGAGGAAAGGAGGCGUUUGUGGUUGGUGAAGCUGAACCAGGAUCAUGGAGGCAAAAAUCCCACCUCUGAUAUUGUUGGGCUCAUUUCCUGUCUGGUGAGUGACAUGUUGGUGGCAGCGGUUCUUCUGCUGUGAUGAGGAUCAUCUUCAUUCAUAUCACGUCACACGUGUCAUGAUGGACCUGACUCUCCUCAGUCUGAGGAGCCUGCUGCGGUCGCUGAGCUCAGACGUGCUGCGUCUCUCCAUCGGAAGCAUGACACAGAUUUGGUCCCACCUGUUAGAGUGACAGGGCAGCCAGAGGUCAGCAGGAGAAACAGGAAGGUCACGCUCCCUGCUGAGACUGAAGGAUGGAGCUGCUGCAGCUGCUGAGCAGCCACGUGGCUGGUGCUCAGACCACAACAAAGGGCCUCCAUCCCAAACAGGACCAUGGUUGUCUUCAUCUGGUCAGCAUUUACUGUGAACCACAGAACAAAUGAACAUGGAAGCCACGCUGUGAAACGUCUCCCGACUCAGUCAUGUGACGGACGCUGACGUGGUCUUUGAUCUACAGUAUGAUUGAAAAAUGUUUAUGAAUCUCAGUUCAAAGUGAAAUGCUCCCGAUGACUGAAUGACAAACUCCACAGUGAAGUCACUCUCGACUCACAGCUCAUGUUUUCAUGCUCCUCUUUCACACUGAUACAUUUGCUUAGGUUCAAUACAGUGGCGAGCCGUUCACUUCAUGAGAAGUCAAUCCGCCUCUUCACGUGUCCGGUCGGAAUGUGCGGCGUGAGUUCGGCGAGCAACGGACGCCAGUCAUCAUCUGCUGUUUUGUUCUGAGUCUGUUUCCAUGUUUCCACUUCAUUUUAAGAUGUUUGAUCAGUGAGAGUUCAUCUUUCAAAAGAGAUCAUUUUUCUGACAGCGGCUCUGGUUUCAGACGUGGUGCACCGCUGCGCUAGUUAGCAUGUGGCAGAAACCCUCUUGUACACUCAUUUGCAAAGCGGCAGUUUGGUGUCAGACUGGAACAAGACGGCCUCAUCUUGCCAACAGUGGCACGAGACACACGUCUGUGCGCCGCGUCAUCAACAUAUUAAAGGUGAAAAACAUCCAUAUCUGAAGCGCCUGCUCUCACAAGGGCUGAGUCUGUGGCAGUGGCCUGAUUGGAAGAGGCCAACAAAGCCUUUCUCCACCUGGGUUAUUGAGCCUGUGCGGCUGUAGAUGCUGGAGAAACGCAGGGGCAGAGAGCAGCACAGUAAGCGCUGGAAUGUCUCUAAACAUCUGUGAUGUCAUUGCUCUGAAGCAUGUCUGCCCAUAAAAAUCCAUUGAUGUUGAAGCCACAGGGGUCAAAGUUGAGCCGCGGCUGGCUUGACUUUAGUCCCAGACGCGUCGGAGACGUUGACUCCAGGGCGCAGUCUUUCCCAUCUGAGCAACAUUCCUGACUUGGUUUUGCAGUUAGGAAUCAGGAAAAUACAGCGGAACCUCGGUUUUCAAACGUCCCACACGUCAAACAAAUCAGAAUUCGAAUAAAAAUGUAGAGAUUUUUUGGCUUCGGAUUUUGAAUGAAAAUCCAGAACUCGAACGCCCCCGAAAAAUGCAGAAAAAAACGUGGGCGGACCGAUCAUC